GGGACACUCAUAUCCUUCUCAGAUAAAAGGCAAUAAUAAAUUCACUGGGCGCAGUCAUUUCAGAGAACAGUGACACUGUCAGCCCCAGCAGCAGCCAGCUCCACUGACCAAGAUGUUCUCUGUGGUUAAAGAACAUCCUCAGCCCUGAAAGGCAGUUGGGACAGAGAGAGGAGCCAAAAGACAAAAGCAGCACUGUGAGGUCUCCAGCCAUGCCCGAGCCUCUAGGAUGGAGCCCCUGGAUGUGGCUGAAGGAGGGGAGGGAGUCCCGGAAACUGGUGCUGGUGAUCGUGUUUGUUGCUCUGCUGCUGGACAAUAUGCUGCUCACUGUUGUGGUGCCAAUCAUCCCCACCUUCCUCUAUGCAACUGAAUAUAAAGGCACCAAUAGCUCUGUUCUCCAGACCCAGACCAUGGCAACCCCCAUGCCCUCUGCAGCUCAUCCCUUCUCAGUCUUCUCUUACUUUGACAACACUACAGUGACGGUCUCAUAUGACACUGUUGACAAUACUACGGAGGGAACAAGCAGAAUUGCCAGCACCAGCCUACUUCUGCUCAAUGGGACCAGCAUGCCACCGAAAAACAGCUGUGUGGAUGGGGAGGAGUUCCUCAUGGAUGAGAAUGUCCGCGUUGGACUGCUCUUUGCCUCCAAAGCCCUUGUACAGCUCACAGUCAAUCCCUUUGUAGGUCUCCUUACCAACAGGCUAGGAUACCACAUACCCAUGUUCAUUGGAUUCAUCAUUAUGUUUCUUUCUACAGUCAUGUUUGCUUUCUCGGGCACCUACACCCUCCUGUUUGUGGCUCGAGCUCUCCAAGGCAUUGGCUCAUCUUUUUCUUCAGUAGCAGGCCUGGGGAUGUUGGCAAGUGUGUACACCGACGACUACGAGAGAGGAAAUGCGAUGGGGAUAGCAUUAGGGGGCCUGGCCUUGGGGGUGCUUGUUGGGGCCCCCUUCGGAAGUGUGAUGUAUGAGUUUGUUGGAAAAUCUUCCCCUUUUCUGAUCCUGGCAUUCUUGGCCUUGUUGGAUGGAGCUUUACAGCUGUGCAUACUGCAGCCUUCUAAGAUUUCCCCUGAAAGCACCACAGGCACCCCAGUGUUCACUUUACUGCAAGAUCCCUACAUCCUGGUUGCAGCAGGAGCCCUUUGCUUUGCUAACAUGGGGGUAGCAAUGCUGGAACCCACCUUGCCUAUUUGGAUGAUGCAAACCAUGUGCUCCCCGAAGUGGCAGCUAGGGAUGGCGUUCUUGCCCGCCAGCAUAUCCUACCUCAUCGGCACCAACCUCUUUGGGGUGCUGGCUCACAAAAUGGGGCGGUGGCUCUGCUCCCUGAUUGGAAUGAUUGUGGUGGGGGUCAGUCUCCUUUGUGUGCCUCUUGCUCAAAAUAUUUAUGGACUGAUUGGUCCCAACGGUGGGCUUGGCUUUGCCAUAGGGAUGGUGGACUCCUCGAUGAUGCCUAUUAUGGGGUAUCUGGUGGACCUCCGCCAUGCCUCCGUCUAUGGCAGCGUCUACGCUAUAGCUGAUGUGGCCUUCUGCAUGGGCUUCGCUAUUGGUCCAUCCACAGGGGGUGCAAUCGUACGGGCCAUUGGGUUCCCCUGGCUGAUGGUCAUCAUUGGAGUGAUCAACAUAGCUUAUGCCCCUCUCUGCUGGUAUCUGAGGAGCCCCCCGGCUAAAGAGGAGAAGAUUGCCAUUUUGAACCAGGAAUGCCCCAUGCACACCAAAUGCUAUGCCACUCAGAAGCCCCUGAGGGAAUUCCCUCUCACUGACGGCAGCGACGAGGAGGUGGAGAAUGAGGAAUAGGAGGAGCAGUUACACGCUCUGAACCUGUGCAGUGUUUACAGAACCACAGAUGUAUUAUCACACAGGAAUCACUCGAUCACCUCGAGGAUCAACAAGACCCCAGGGUCCCAGCCCCACCGUGCAGCCAUUCCUAAGCUAUAGAGCGGCCGCAUAAUCUAUAGCAGGCAACCGAAAACCAGGACUCCUGGGCUCUAUCCCUGGCUAGGCCACUAACUAAGCUGCUAUGUGACCCAAGGAGAGUCACUUUACCUCUUUACAUGUUAUAAACAGGGGGUUAUAAAGAGUUGGAGGCAGCCCAUGCAAAGCUGCAUUCUCUUAUGACACUCCACCCUUCUGUAAUGGGAUAAUGUCAGCCUAACUCACAGGGGUACUGGGUACUUCAAAGUGCUUAUGUUCCUACAAUGAAAAGCACUGGAGACGGCUAAAAUGCAGCUAUUUGUAUCUCCACGGUUUUUCUUCUCUGGGGACCCCACAUAAUCCCCAGCAUGAAUUUCCUUUGUAACGUCAUGGAACUAUCACUCUAUACCACUGCCAGCGCUGCCAGUAAAGACACCUUUGUAGAGUGAAUGUGCCUCUGGGUUGCAUGAACGUAGCAAAAUAAAAACACCUGCU